UACUGUUUCCUAGGGAUGUUGGAAAUCGCCAGGAAAUCUCUCCUGUCAACGGAAGUGGCUGCAAUAUGGCACUGCCUCAAUCACUAUUCUUAUGUGGAUGCAACUUUCCUGGCUGAAAGGCUGUUUGCUGAAGUUGGUUCAGAUGAGGCCCUAUUCCUAGUAGCAACUUCGUACUACCGCUCAGGGAAGCCUGGACGUGCCUAUUCUGUACUUCACACUCAUGGAACGCGCACUGCGCAACUCCGUCUUCUUAUGGCCCGAUGCUGUUUUGAUCUGGGAAGGUUAGAGGAAGCAGAGACAGUAUUAACAGGUGGCAGCGUCAUGCAUCCAAAGACCAUUGAUGAGCUUGCCUUGGAGUAUGGGGAAAUGGCUGGCUUUGCUCUCCAGUUGCUUGGUCUGAUAUGUGCCCGGACCGAGCGCCUCCAGAGAGCAGCGGAGGCUCUCAAGCGAUCCUUGAAGUUAAAUCCCUUUCUGUGGCAUUCAUUUGUGGCACUCUGUGAUCAAGGUGAUAAGUGUGACCCCUCUAAGAUAUUCAGAUUAGACUCGUUAGAGUCCUUUUCAAAUUGCCAUGGGAGUACAGUGCUGACUUUAGUGAAUAAUUCAAAUUCAGUGAAUAGUGUCAGUGUUAUCUCAGACUCAGGAAUUAUUAAUAAUGCUUUAAAUAGUGUUUCUGUAAACACUCCUGAAAACAUUCAACAGACUCCAAUUCCAGUUCCAAUCCAAAACACUCCUGUCAAUUCAAUACCCAUUGUUAAUACCCCAAUACAAAGCUUGAGUAGUCUAAACUCCUCGAUGCCACUGACUUCCCUCAAUUCUCCAGUGACUGCAACAGUUACGCCUAUGCAGGACAGAGGGAACGUGGAUUCGGGGGAUGGUGGCUAUCAGGCUCCUAGAAAAAAGAAAAUGCUCCGCAUCAAGAGCAUGUUAGGGGGGCCAUGGUCUUUAAGUCCCAUCACCCCUAGUUUUGGAGUAUUACCGUUAGAUGUAAGUCCCAUGAGUGACAAUGACCAUUCUUCCUUAAAUAGUUCUGUGGCCUUUUUGACUACUUCACCGUUGUCUCUGUCUCAGCUGGAUACUGAACCUAACACCAAGAUACCUCCACCUAUCAGUAAAAGAAUAUUGUGCCGUACUACGAAAGAUUCACCUGUGGUGUUGAAUAAACCAGCCGUGUUUGCUCCAGCAGGGAAUAAUAGUAAUUUUCAAAGCCCCCCGACUGGUCAACCUAAUCCUAAUGUUCGUAGAUCUUCUCGUCUAUUUGGCAAUAGUAGUUCUGUUAAGGAAAACAAUAAAAGUCGUUUUGUUGCACCAAAGUCUCCUGCAAGAAAAGCAAAGACAAGAUCCUCCAAGAGUCAGUCUAGUCUGUCAGAACUUAAUGAGAAAAAUAAGAGUGAAAACCAAGACAUUUUGUCCUCGUCAGAUAAGCUGUCAUCAGAGAAACCAGUGACACCGCAGUCUCUCAUUCAGCAAGCAUUUAGCAUUCAGAAACUGUGUUCUGAGGGCUUGAUGUCACUAUUACGAGACAUGGGGGCAGCAUACCAGCAGUUGGCGCAGUAUAAUUGUAGAAGAGCGAUAGACUUGCUGACAGCUCUUCCAACUCAACACUAUCGUACUGGAUGGGUCCUGGCACAUAUUGGUAAAGCCUAUUUUGAACUCAAUGAAUAUCAUCAAGCAGCCAAACAUUUUUGUUUUCAGGUGGAUCCAAAUUUUGCAUAUGCGUACACGUUGCUUGGCCAUGAACACAUUGCAACAGAAGAAUUGGACAAAGCCAUCAGUUGUUACCGAAGUGCUGUCAGAAUAGAUCCUCGACAUUAUAAUGCAUGGUAUGGUAUUGGCCUGGUCUUAUUUAAACAAGAACGAUAUGCUCAGGCAGAAGCUCACUUCAAGAGAGCACUUAGUAUUCAUCCGCACAGUUCAGUCCUGAUGUGCCAUGUUGCUGUGGUUGAACAUGCCCUUCAAAAGAGCAGUGCUGCUUUGGCAACUCUAAAUCGAGCCUUAAAGGUGGAACCUCGCAAUCCUCUUUGUAAAUACCACAGAGCAUCUAUACUUCAUUCCACCGACCACCACCAGGAAGCUCUUGAUGAGCUCAAUCAUCUGAAGGAAAUUGUUCCCAAAGAAUCCAAUGUUUAUUUCUUGCUUGGCAAGGUGCACAAAAAGUUGGGCCAGACUCAUUUAGCUUUAAUGAAUUUCUCCUGGGCAUUGGACCUGGAUCCAAAAGGUGCAAACAAUCCGCUCAAGGAAGCCAUUGAUCCAGCAAUCAAUCGCUUCCCUGUUGAUGAUGACGAUACAACUAACAAUAACCCACAUGAUAACGGGAGUGACGGUAGUUCCUUGGUGGCAGCAGAAUCUUCGCAGGAGUCCCUCAUUUUAGAACCUCAGCAGCUACCAAAUAUGGAGAGUGUCAGCGAUGAUAGCUUAUAAUAGAGGAGUUUUUAGGCAUGAGGAAGAAUAUAAAAUUAUUAAAAAGUUGUAAAAUAUUUUGAUUAUUAAAUUAUAAUUAUAUGUUGACUGCGACUUCUGUAGGAGAUGUGUAAAAACCUGUAGUGUAUAUUUGAUUUGGAAAGUAAAGUGUAAAUGUGUUAAAUAUGUACGAAAUCGUAACAUGUAUAUAGUCUGGACAUCUUGUAUUCCUAUUGUUAUCUUUCAUCGCAAUGAGAACCGUUUUCACUUCUUACUAGAUCUGCGUAGUAGACUUUCCACAAGUGGCAAAGACUUGCAGCUGACUUUGUAUUUUAUAUAUAUAAUCAUUAAGUAUUUAUUAUCUGUGGUGAGAAAUUAAACUUGUAUCCAUAAGUUGAAUGGUACCUUCUUUUUCACUUUUUUUUUUUUUUUUUUUUUGUAAAAUUUUUCUUUAAAAGUACAGUACGUCAAUAUUUUACCUGACUGUAAAUUUGUUAAUGCCAAAAAGUAUACUAUACCUUUAGACUGGUCUUAUUGCAAUAUGUGUCGAUAGGAGGAAAAAUUUUCAUUGGGUUAUCAAAAAGCCUGUAAAAAAGAAAAGUCAAUAAAAGUUAUAAAGUAUUCAUGA